AUGGACUUCCAAUUCUCAUCGUUCGACUCUAGACGAUGGGCCUAUAUAAGAGGUCGAUCAAUACUACACUCUAUUGUACAGACGAGAGAGCUGGGCGACUAUGGCAUCGAUGCCGUUCAGGUAGUGAGUGGACAUAUAGCCAUACGUUAUCAACAGUCUCGUACAUUGGCCGUGUUUGAUGCCACUGUGGCCUCUCAUCAGAUCAAAGAGACACAGUCACAGAGCACUGAGCAAAAGAUGCUUGCAAAGGCACUGCUGCCACCACCCUCUGUCAACCAGCAUUCGGCCACCCUGCCCCUGCUGGCCUGCUCGUUCUCCUCACCAAUCGUUCGAUUCUACUUCGACAGAUCGACACCGAGCUCCAUUGCCAACAAGGUGGCCCCUCGACAGGUCCCUGCAUCGGGCAAGAAGCCAGCAAACAGCAACCCGCUCAGACUGUACGCGUUCGAAGCCGAUGGACUACUACACGCAUGGGAGUGGAUAGAUUCCGAGUACCGAUGGGCAUACAAUCUCAAGGUGUUCCUUCCAUCGAUAUCAACUAGCGAGCCAAGCGCAAUGCCACAUAUGGUGCCUACGACAUUGAUUCAUGGUGCAGUGUAUGGCCAGCAGAUAGUGUGGAUGUCCAACAAUGCGCUCCACAUGCGUACCUUUACAUUUGACACCAAUGCACCCUCACGUGACCCAGUUCUCAAGCAGUUCCCCAGUCAGCCUCGUGGCUGUGAGGAGGUGCUUCCUGGCAAUCUGACGAUCUCUCGAACCGAGACCUUUGACAUCCGUAGAGAGUGGCUGGACUUUAUCAAUCAUCCAUCCACACGCAUCAUAUCGACAAAGAUGGGCACAUGGUUCGUCACCAAAUCAUUCAUACUCUUGUUCUCCAGUAGGAGUAAAGUAUGGUUCGUCACCUAUUAUAAGGGCAAGGAGCCACAGACGACAACCGGUCAACCUACAAGGAGGUCACAGCAACAACAACAACAACAGCAACAACAAUGUGAUAUACAUGCGCCAUUGGACGACACUACAACAUCGAAUCAGACAGAAUCAUCAUCAUCGACAGAGGACGAGAGUCUUGUCGACUCAAAGAAUUGCAUCGUUGAAGUGUUGGACGUCUGCUCCCAUCCAAUAAGUCAAGAGCUCAUGGUUCUAGAUUCAAAUGGACGUGUUUACUCUUGUGACUUGGGCGAGCGCGAGACGCUCAAGUUGAACUUGGUGGCAGUGCUUCAUCCAUGGGAGUACGAUUCAGAGCACAAUGUACGCAUCGUAAUGCAUCAAAGUGCACUGGUCAUACUCAAUCGAUCAAAGGCCUACUUCUUUGACCUCAAGUGUGGUCAACUUCUGUCCACUCUUUCCACACCCAUCAACACGUCCAACAUCACCGUUGGUGGAGUAUGGGAGCAGAGUCCCAUAGGAAUUGUCUGGGGAUCAGGUCUCUGGGCACGUGGCGAGGGACUCUGGGAGAUCAGAGCCGUGGGCGCACCAACACAUCUCAUCGAGAGCCAACUUGUCAAUCACAAUGCCGGUGUGAACAACACCAAUAGCUUUGUAGGCAACACGGUCCAGGCAAAGAAUCAAACAAUUGGCUGUGCACCUGCUGCAUGUCGUCAGUGGGACAUGAAGAGAUUGGAGGCCAAGUACCUACUAGAGAUGGCACUCAACGAGCAGGAUGAAGACGCCAAGAUCCAGAUAUGUCGUGCCCUUCUGCCCAAGCUUGAGAACCCUUCUCUUGUAAUCGCGUUGCUCUCCUCGAUGCAGUCAGAGAGCAGCUCCAAAUUCCUUUUCGAUGAACUCAACAAGUUCCUCGAGUUGUACAACUACCACCCGACACCCGGUGCCCUUGAAGACGACGAUGCGGAGCAGGCAAAAGCACGUGGCUGCUUCCAUUAUCAUACACCACUCAAUCAGAUUAUGGUGCCACUGCUGAACGAGUAUCACGACCUACAGCGAUCAAUCAAGGAGACGCCUCAACAUCACGUGCCAGCACUGGUUGGCGAUGACAUUGCAUCACUGGUCGACAUCAACAAGGACCGACUGCUAGAGCUGGGCAAUGAGACCAUCGAGUACUUCAAGCGCAAGAAUGCACCACUACUCUUGGAGCGAUUCGAACAAUUGCUCAAUCUCAACGCCAUUGACUUUGACAAGUACACUGACAUCUAUGGUGAGAUGGUACCAUUCCCUCCAAUCAGCGAUGUUCUUCUUCAACAGGAGGAUAUACUCAAGCGCAAGACCAACAUGAAGAGUGUAACUGGAGCUGCAUUCGAUCGCAAUGCCCUCACAUCACCCCUGAUGGCUGGUGCCGUCGAGGACCAACCAUCGACGUCCAACAACAAUGCAGGCACAGGUGGCAACGUCCUCUAUCCAGUGUAUCCAUUGUUUGAAACGUUGUGCCAACUGUACUAUAGUGUCAAACCUCAGAGAUUGGUACCAUUUGUUCGAAUAAUAUUCAAUGCUGCCACGCUCAAGACGUUGGAUGUCCAGUCCAAGGCCAGCUUCACAGCCUCGGCCUCUGUGCCAGCCACUGAGGUCAACAAGUUCAUUCCACAGAAUGAUCACUUCACACGCGCUCUCCUGGCGCUGCCCACUGGUUUGCCCUCUGACGAGCCACGCAUCGAGGCCAAGUUCAAGCUGCUCUGUGCCGUUGGUCACAAGCCCAAUGCAUUGCGAUUCCUACUUGACACAAACCAAUGGGACCGAGCCAUUCAGAUUGUCAGACAAGCUUCAUACAGUGAUCGUGAACACUUUGUAUUGUUUGAGAUUCUGAUCACACAUUGCAUCGAGAAGAAGGACAGUGCAAAGCUUAAACAAUGUUGGCACGUGAUUCCAAAGAAUUACUCUGUAUUUAAUCUGUUCUCAAUACUCAAGUCUCACCAACAGCAACAACAACAGCAGCAGCAACAACAACAACAUCAACAUGAGCUAUCAUCAUCACUUGGCAGUAUAUUGGGUGGCAGUGGCAAUAGUGGAAGUAGGUCAAGUACACCUACGAUCAAUCAUCAGCAUCACACCAAGAUAGUAUCGACCAGACCCAACGAGGAGUUAACCAUCGAUAUGUUUAGAGGUCAACUAUUGAAACUAUUGAACUAA